AUGUCGCACGACCUGGGUGAAGCAGAGCUAAUGGGAAUACCAUACCCCACUCUUCUCUCUCAGAUAAAUCUCCCCCUGGGUUUCGAGGUCUUCCACCGGUGGUGUCACAAGAUACAAAAGACUGAAAUUGGAAAACUAGGCUUUCAUCUCUAUCACAAGUUGCCCUCAAUAGUACCUGAAAGCUGUCUCCUUAUUCUGGUUGGAUUGCUUCUUGGUGGGAUUAUUUUUGGAGCACAGGAGAAGUCCCCACCUGUAAUGAACAGCGAUGUUUUUUUCUUGUAUCUUUUACCACCAAUUGUACUCGACGCUGGAUAUUUUAUGCCAACUCGUCUUUUCUUUGAGAACUUUGGUACCAUAUUCUGGUAUGCUGUGGUAGGCACGCUCUGGAAUGCUAUUGGCAUUGGAAUUUCACUUUUUGGAAUUUGCCAGAUCAGUGUGUUUGGUUUGACUGAUAUCACAUUGCUGCAGAAUUUGCUUUUUGGUAGCCUCAUUUCAGCUGUGGAUCCUGUGGCAGUGUUGGCGGUUUUUGAAAAUAUUCAUGUCAAUGAGCAGCUUUACAUCCUGGUGUUUGGAGAAUCUUUGCUGAACGAUGCUAUAACUGUGGUCCUGUACAAUUUGUUCAAGUCUUUCUGCCAGAUGCGCACAAUUAAGGUUGUUGACAUAUUCGCUGGGAUUGCUAACUUCUUUAUAGUGGGGAUCGGUGGAGUAUUGAUUGGAAUCCUUUUGGGAUUUGUAGCAGCAUUUACCACCCGUUUCACCCAUAAAAUCCGAGUGAUUGAGCCACUUUUUGUCUUCCUGUACAGUUAUUUGUCAUACAUAACAGCUGAAAUGUUUCAUCUCUCGGGCAUCAUGGCAAUUACAGCUUGUGCCAUGACCAUGAACAAGUAUGUGGAGGAAAAUGUUUCCCAAAAGUCUUAUACAACGAUAAAGUAUUUUAUGAAGAUGCUGAGCAGUGUCAGUGAGACCUUAAUCUUCAUUUUCAUGGGAGUGUCUACAGUUGGGAAGAACCAUGAGUGGAACUGGGCCUUUGUUAGCUUCACCCUCCUUUUUUGUUUAAUCUGGAGGGCACUGGGUGUUUUUGUUCUGACGCAGAUCAUUAAUGUGUUCCGAACAAUUCCUCUCACUUUUAAGGACCAAUUUAUUAUUGCCUAUGGAGGUCUCCGAGGAGCUAUUUGUUUUUCACUUGUAUUUCUACUUCCUCCUGCUGUGUUCCCCAGGAAGAAAUUGUUCAUCACUGCUGUUAUUGUGGUGAUAUUCUUUACUGUUUUCAUUCAGGGAAUAACAAUUCGCCCACUGGUGGAGUUUCUUGAUGUCAAAAGGUCAAAUAAAAAGCAGCCUGCUGUCAGUGAAGAAAUUUAUAACAGGUUCUUCGAUCAUGUGAAGACUGGAAUUGAAGACGUGUGUGGACACUGGGGUCACAACUUUUGGAGAGAUAAGUUUAAAAAGUUUGACAAUAAAUACCUGCGAAGACUUCUAAUCCGGGAGAACCAGCCCAAAUCCAGCAUUGUUUCUUUAUACAAGAAGCUGGAAAUAAAACACGCCAUUGAGAUGGCAGAGAGUGGAAUGAUAAGCAAGGUCCCAUCGUCGGUGUCUCUCAGUGAAUAUCAUGAAGGAAAAAUAAAGCCACUUUCUCCCACUGAAAUGGAAAACAUGCGGGAAAUAUUAACAAAGAAUCUCUACCAAAUACGACAUCGAACAAUGUCAUACAACCGACAUAGCCUGGCUGCGGAUGCAAGCGAAAAGCAGGCCAAAGAAAUUCUGAUCCGUCGCCGGCACAGCCUUAGGGAGAGCUUAAGGAAAACUAACAGCCUGUCAAGAGAAAGACCGGCUGCUGCGAAUACAAAAAGGUUUCUUUCACUUCCUAAAAACACUAAACUCCCAGAGAAACUACGAGUAAGAAAUAAAACAUCUUCUAGAGUGGGUGACAGCAGUGACUCUGAAAUGGAUGCUGCUACCACAGUGCUCAAUUUAAGACCCAGAGCAGGCAAAAUUUUGAGAGACCAGAGACAGAAACAACAGAGGCCAUUGCCCGAGUUUAGGAUGGAGUGGAAGAAUGAAGUUGACGGGAAACAGGAGGGCGAAGGAGCGCCCCAGGAACCAAGUGGCCAGCCUCAGCCAUCCAUUGGGUUCAGGCAACCGCUGCUGACAAGACCGAGAUUUGGCACUUUGGCUGCAGAAGAUCUGACUACAGACCAUAGACCUAUGCCACCACCACGAUUAGUCAGGCAGGCAUCACAAGGGGAAAGGCAGAGAAAUAAGCCUGAGAACCAGCCCUAUUGAAUACAUCAAAAAUAGAGCUAUCAGUAAUAAAUCACAGACAUACCGAAUUAGGAUUCUAAACUCUCUCAUCAGACAAUGGGAUCUAUUAAAACAAAAAUGAACUCAAUGAGGAUAUGAGCAUCUCCGUUUGGGUAAAGCCAAUGCCGUUAACUAAAUGAAUGGAAUACUGGAGCAACUGCAAAACUGAAGACUUAAAAAAAAAAAAAUCUCUUUUAUAAAUAACUUAUAGCAAUGCUUUAAUUACGUUAUUUUCACUAUUAAGAUAGGAUGGAAAUGUGCCUUAUCACAUCAUUUUUCUGGGACAAAAAGUUACCCAUUUUCAAUACCCAAUUAUCUAUUGAAUACCAUUGUUGAAAGUCCAGUGAUGAAGGGAAACUUUAAAAACAUUCUAUAUAAUUUCAGAUUUUAUUUAUGAUUAAAUUAUACUUGUUUUGACCGGAGCUUUAAUAAGAAUAACACUGAAAACUGCACAAUGCACCUAUCAUACAGACUUUGUAAGAAGAGUAAAUGUAUUCCUGAAGCCAAAUUUAUAUGAAAAGCUGGGACACAGAAAAACAGUAUCUUCUUACUGGAAAAAAAGGAACAAGCUGUAGGAGCAGAACUGCAAAUACAGUUUAUAGAGUUGCAAUAGAGACAAGACCUGGAUAUCUUGAAUUUUUACUUCUUGAAUUUUUGGCAAUGUGUAACCUCUGAAAGGUACUGAGGAUCACCAAAGAAAAUCUGAGUGACUUUGACUUUCAUUAAUGCCAAUGACAGUACCUAGCACUACACCAGAAGCCCUGAAAAAGAAAGUUUCAAGCAGAUAAAUAAUGUUCUUAUUUAAGAUUGCUUUUUGCACCUUAGUUUCUCAGUUGCAGUGCAAACACAGCAGCAGGAUGGCUGUAGAGCACUGCACAUAGAGAAAGCCGGCAGGCUUUCCUGGUUGCGUCACUGACUACUGAGAUUCAAGAAAGCUAGUUCACUCAUGCUUGUGACUCUGGUAUACACAUUUGACUUUUUUUUCCUCAUCUAUAAAAGGGAGAGAUAAUCUUUUCUUUGUCUGGGCUAUCCACUCCCUGCAAUGAAAAUGUUCCUUCUGAUUUGUUUGUACAGAAAAGUAGCACAAUAGGGCUCUGGAAUCAGUUGAAGUCACUGUGCACCUUAAUAACACCCAUAAGAAACACAGAUUUUCUUCAUCUUAGUAUAAAUGUCUGUUAUUUGAUUGCAUAUGGGAAGGGAGGGUGCUUUAAAAUAAAUGAUAUUUAACUGUAGCUCUCAGGAAUUUGCACUUUCUGUCCCACUUAAUCUUUUCUAGGUUUUGAGCUUGCUUCAGCACAGAUAUGCAUUUCAGCACAAUGCAGAAAUCACUUUCAUUCUCCUUGUUACAAGAUUCGUAACUUUCAUCUAAGAAUGUACACUGUGAAAAUCAUAACUUACUUUCCUUUUUGAUUAGCACAUUUUUAAAUCAGUGGGCAAUAAGAUUUGUUUUCUUUUUAUUUAAGUCUGUUUUGGAAGAACUAUUAAAAAUUGAAUUUUCCUUUUAAAACACAGGGUAGAUUUCUUUCAAA